CAGGCAAUCUUCCGCCUCUGCCGAGAACAUGUAGGUUGAGCUCUGCUGCCUCAGGAAAGGGGCCCUGUAAGGCAGGACACAGGGAAGAGUCGCAUCCCCAGCGGACCAGCUGAAGCAGCUGGCCCACGUCGCGGUCCGGAGGCAGAGGCAGGUAUGGCAGGAGAGGCCAAGGGGCUGCCAUUGUGGGCACACUGGUAGCUACUGUGGAUAGGCACUGGGGAGAGACCUCAUCAAGGUGCAUGGCCCAGGGAGGCGGAAUGAAGACAACUCCCCAGCUGCAAGUGUCGGGGAAGGCAUCCCUCGGUGGGAUUGGCCUCCGCCACACUGCCAAGCGGGACCGAAAGUCCAUCACCUUGCAUGUGAAAUUAGAGGUGCUUCGGAGGUUUGAGGAAGGCGAGAAGCUGACUCAGAUUGCCCGGGCCCUAGGGCUGGCCACUUCUACUGUUGCCUCGAUCCGUGUCAACAAGGACAAGAUCCGGGCCAAUUCUCAGGCAGCCACACCGGUAAGUGCCACACAGCUGACCCGCUGCCGGGGUGUGGUGAUGGGCCGUAUGGAAUGCUUGCUGAGCCUCUGGAUCGAGGAGCAAAAGCGGCAGAACCUGCCCGUCAGCACGCUGCUCAUCCAGGACAAGGCCCGACGGCUCUUCGUGCAGCUGCAGCACGAGCAGGGUAAUGGCACUCGGGCUGAGACCUUUGGGGCCAGUAAUGGCUGGUUUGCCCGAUUCAAGGCUCGCCACAAUGUGCUUUUGACAGAUGAGCCAUCUGUGGCUGACAUCCAGGCUGCUGCCCACUACCCCCCAGUGCUGCGCACCAUUCUAGAGGAGGGCUGCUACUCACCACGCCAGGUAUUCAAUGUGGAUGAGACUGGCCUGUUCUGGAAGCGGCUCCCAGAGCGCAUGCUGUUGGCCCUGGAAGGGGCAGCUGGACCUGGCCUCAAGACCUCUAAGGACCACCUGACCCUGCUGCUUGGUGGCAAUGCAGCUGGUGAUUUCAAGCUGAAGCCGCUGCUGGUGUACCCCUCGGAGAACCCGCGUGCCCUCAAGGGCUGCUCCAAGGCCAGCCUUCCGGUGGUCUGGCGCUCUAACCGCAACGACUGGCUGACACCCAGCAUCUUCCAGGAGUGGUUUACUAGCUGCUUCUGCCCUGCUGUGGAGAGCUACUGUGCCAGCCACGGCCUCCCACACCGUGCCCUGUUGGUCUUGGACGGUGCACCCUGCCACUCUGCUCACCUGGGUGGCCUCUCACCCCAUGUGCGAGUUGAGUUCCUGCCCAAGAACACAUCAGCCCUGAUUCAGCCCAUGAACCAGGGUAUCAUUGCCACAUUCAAGGCAUAUUACCUGCGCUGUAUGCUUAGCCAGCUGGUCCAGGAGACGUCUGGUGAAGACCGACCCUCUGUGCGGGAGUUCUGGCGCAGCUAUACUGUUGUGACUGCUGUGGACAAUAUAGCCAGAGCCUGGGCAGAGUUGCAGCCCACCACCAUGAACAGUGCCUGGAGGAAGCUCUGGCCUGAGUGUGUGCCUCCUGGCACUCCCGAGCCGGACACUGUGCCUCAGCUCCGCCGCAGCAUUGUCGCACUAGCCAGUCACGUGGGCCUUGGAGAUGCAGCCGAGGCUGAUGUUGCCAACCUCUUGCAGGCCCAUGGGGAGCCCCCACCCCACGGCCUCCCCCAGGAUGCAGAAGAUGGUGGGGACAUUUGUGGUUCUGGGCUGCCGUGGCAGGAAGGGAAAGGCUCGGUGUCCGGAAAACAAGAGCCGGAUUUCACAGGAGCUGUAGUGGGUGUGGGGACUGAAGAUGCUGAUGUGGGUGCUCUGAGCCCUGAGCACCUGGGCCAGGCCCUGUCACACUUUGCUGCUGGUUUACGGGUCCUCCUGGAGAAUGAUCCAAACCGGGAACGCAGCCUCCGGGUGUCUCGGGAUGUCCACUGUGCCCUUGCCCACCUCCGGGAGCUGCACCGGGAAAAGAGGCGACAGGCCCGGGCAGGUGCAUCCUCAGGAGGGCCCAUGGCAGUGGCACCAAGGGAUUUGGCAGGAAACCUGCCCUUGCCCCAAGUGGGGCCCACAGAGGGUGAGGAGGUGGCUAAGGGCACAGGUCAUGAAGGUCAGACCUCUGGUUGUCCUGUAUGAUUUGGGGCUUGGGCUUAACCUCACAUGAUCUCUAACGAUGUUUUGUUUCUGGAGGUCAGAUACUGCUACUUCUUCCCCAGGGUUCUCAUAGCUCAUGUUGUAUUCUUUGUGUAGUGACACCAGGCUUGGGGAACAGAAGGGUGGUGUUCUCCAAUUGGCAGAUGAACUGCAGGGCCCAGGGAGUGCCCACUCAUGACAGUGACACAUCCUGUAGUAUGGUCUUUGCCCAGCACAGCCUGGCAGGGCAGCUGUGUCAGGGGCCAGAACUGAGACCUGCCUCUCCCAUUUUCCAAACCUGACUUCUUACUCCCUACACCAUUGUGACCCUUCCUUGCCAACUGUAGGUGAGGGUUUCCUGCUCUCAACAUGACCUUUUAUCACUUUACAUGCCAUCUUCAUGGCCUCUGUUGACCUGGGUCUCUGGUACCUUCCCUGUGCCUGAGCACUUUGAUUCUCUGUGGAUUUUGAUACUGGGGAUCACUUCCUUUUUUGGAGAUGUUUUCCUCUCUGAGUUUCUGUGCUAUAGUUGUCUUGGCUUCCCUCUAGCCUUUGAUGUUGAGCCUUUUGUGACUGUGAUGGUCUUCCAGUUCUGGUGCUCUUUGGAAAAUACUAUCCACUCCUCUAAGAGCUGGAUCACCUCAGGGUUAAUUCCUAGUGCACUGGCUGCAGCCCAGCCUCUCCCUGAGCCAGCUUCUCUCCCGGAGCUCUGAUUCUGAUGGAUAUGCUCCCACCCCAGUCGUAUUAUCUCCCCUAAUUCCAGUUUGCUUUCCUGUUCCCCAAACUGUAACAACCGGCAUCAUGGGGUGUCCACCUGACUGCAGAAAUACCACUUGGGUCACCAAAACAGAUAGUCAGCAAGGGAAGGUCUUGUGCUCCAGCUGGAUGAGCCACAGGUGAUGUGAUAGGGAUGUCUGGGCUUUUGUUGGACUCCUUUCAACACAAGUGCACGUGUACGUGAACACAUGCACAUACACACACACAGGCACGCCAAGAAAUAAAAAUGGGAGAAAGGA